GAGUGGAGGUGGGAAGAGGGCCCAGAAGAGAAAGAAAACACAAGGGAACAGAAACAUACCAACAAAGCACAAGGGAGAAAGGGAAACAUUGGAGAUGUCUAAGUUGAUGGUAUUGUGAUAAAAAGGAAAGGUCUUUUCAUUCAAUUCCUUCUCCAUCCAUUCCAUUCAUUCAACUCCCACCCAAACAAAAUAAUCCAGUUUGCUAUCUAGCUGAAGAACAUCCAAGAUCAAAGAGACUUGAAGGAGCUAAGAAGCUAAGGGCAUCAUAAGCAUAAGCUAAGACUCCACUAAUAUCAUCAAAACACACAGAAAAAAAGCAACCCAAGAAAAGGUUUUUUUUUUUUUAAGGAUCAAAGAUAUGCAGCAACAAAGCAGCAGAGAUGCAUACAUGGGGAGUGGUGCAGGCAAUACUAGGUCGGAUUUGAUGUUCCCAGAAGUGUCUCCGGUUCUUCCGUGGCCGGUUCAGAGCUUCAACCCGGUUACCUUCCAAACCAACCCGGUCCGUGACCACGACCAGUUUCUCAUCCCGCCGCCACCCUCGCCAUACGGCGGCUUGUUCAACAGGAGGCCGCCGCCGCCGGGGCUGCAGUUUGCUUACGACGGACAGACGUCGGAGCACCACCACCACCACCUCCGCCUCAUAUCCGAUACGCUGGCGGGCCACGUGGUCCAGCCCGGCUUGGCGGCGCCAUUCGGGCUCCAAGCCGAGCUGCAGAAGAUGACGGCGCAGGAAAUCAUGGACGCUAAAGCCCUGGCGGCUUCCAAGAGCCACAGCGAAGCCGAAAGGAGGAGAAGAGAAAGAAUUAAUAAUCAUCUUGCUAAGCUUCGUAGCCUCCUUCCCAGCACAACAAAGACGGAUAAAGCUUCAUUACUAGCGGAGGUGAUACAACACGUGAAGGAGCUGAGGAGGCAGACAUCAAUAAUCUCGGAGACGACCCAAAUCCCGACGGAGGUGGACGAGUUGACGGUGGACAACGCCGCCGCCGACGACGGAAAGGUGAUGAUCAGAGCUUCAUUGUGCUGCGAGGACAGGUCGGACUUGUUGCCGGACCUAAUCAAGGCGCUGAAAGCUCUGAGGCUAAGGACUCUCAAAGCCGAAAUCACCACCGUCGGCGGCCGUGUAAGGAACGUUCUGUUCAUCACCGGAGAAGACGGCGACGGCGACCCGCCGUCGUCGCAACAAAGUCUCCAGCAUUGCUCCAUUAGUUCGAUUCAAGAAGCGCUGAAAGCUGUGAUGGAGAAAGGUAGCGGGGAAGAGUCUGGUACUGGGAAUGCAAAGAGACAGAGAACCAACAAUAUCAAUAUCCUUGAACAACAACAACAACAACAACAACAUAGAUCUCUCUGACAACAAAUCAAUAAUAAAUAGUAAUAACUUACUCUCAUCUCAUCUUAUGUUGUUUUAAUUUCCUGGUGUUUUGCUUUUUUGUUUUUUUUUUGCAUGUAUGUGUGAGCUUUCUUUGGGGGUGUUUUGUUUGGUUUGGUGAUAUACUGGACAUUAUUGGACACAUUUCACAUAUGGGAUAGAUAUGGGAUCAAA